GGAGGCGGCCGUCGGCGCUCCCGACGGGGUGGACCAGGGCGGCGCGGGGCCCCGCGAGGACGCGACGCCCAUGGACGCCUAUCUGCGGAAACUGGGCUUGUAUCGGAAACUGGUCGCCAAGGACGGGUCGUGCCUGUUCCGGGCCGUGGCGGAGCAGGUGCUGCACUCUCAGUCUCGCCAUGUGGAAGUCAGAAUGGCUUGUAUUCACUAUCUUCGAGAGAACAGAGAGAAAUUUGAAGCGUUUAUAGAAGGGUCAUUUGAAGAGUAUUUAAAACGUUUGGAAAAUCCACAGGAAUGGGUUGGACAAGUGGAAAUAAGUGCCCUUUCUCUUAUGUACAGGAAAGAUUUUAUCAUUUAUCGGGAACCAAAUGUUUCUCCUUCACAAGUAACUGAAAAUAAUUUUCCGGAGAAGGUAUUACUGUGUUUUUCAAAUGGAAAUCAUUAUGAUAUUGUCUAUCCCAUAAAGUAUAAAGAGAACUCUGCAAUGUGUCAGUCUCUCCUUUAUGAAUUGCUGUAUGAGAAGGUAUUUAAAACUGAUGUUAGUAAAAUAUUGAUGGGACUGGACACCUCUGAAGUAGCUGAUGAAAACAGCAGUGAGAUAUCAGAUUCAGAGGAUGACAGUUGCAAGAGUAAAGCUACCACUGCUAAUGAUGUGAACGGAGUUAAAGCUUUGUCAAGUGAUCAGCACCUGAAAAACAGUGGGAACUCUUCUAGCCUCCCUUUGUCUAGAAAGGUUCUUAAGUCACUCAAUCCAGCAGUCUAUAGAAAUGUGGAAUAUGAAAUUUGGCUGAAGUCUAAGCAAGCUCAACAAAAACGUGAUUAUUCCAUUGCUGCUGGCUUACAGUAUGAAGUUGGAGAUAAAUGUCAACAGGUUAGGUUGGAUCACAGUGGAAAAUUUUCUAAUGCAGACUUUCCAGGGGUUCACUCGGAGAAUGGACCAGUUUUGGUUGAAGAAUUUGGAAAGAAACACUCCCCGAAGAACCUCAAACCACCUCCCUCUGAAAGCUGGAACACCGUAUCAGGGAAGAAGAUGAGAAAACCUUCCACUUCUGGACAAAAUUUCCACUCUGACAUGGAUUACAGAGGGCCAAAGAAUCCAAGCAAGCCAGUAAAAGCUCCAUCAGCACUACCUCCUCGACUCCAGCAUCCUUCGGGAGUAAGACAGCAUGCAUUCUGUAGUCAUUCUGCAGGGUCACAGUCUCAGAAACCCUCCAGUGAGCACAAAAAUGUUAGUAGGACACCCUCACAGAUCAUAAGAAAACCCGAUCGUGAGCGAGCUGAGGAUUUUGAUCACACGAGUCGAGAAUCUAACUAUUUUGGCCUCUCCCCAGAAGAGCGCAGAGAGAAGCAAGCUAUAGAAGAAUCUCGUUUACUCUAUGAGAUUCAGAACAGAGAUGAACAGGCUUUCCCAGCCCUUUCCAGCGCGUCAGUCAGUCAGCCAGCUUCUCAGAGUAGCAACCCAUGUGUCCAGAGAAAAUCAUCACAUGUAAGUGACAGAAAAGGAAGCAGGCGGAGAACGGAUACCGAAGAACGGAAAGAUAAAGACUCUGUUCAUGGACAUACUCAUUUGGAUAAAAAACCUGAGCCAGGCACAUUGGAGAAUAUUAGUGAUGAUAAAUGUGCAAGAGUUUCGUCACCAUCAAAGUCAAAGAAAUUAGAGUGCCCACCUGCAGAGCAAAAGCCAGCAGAACACGUGUCUUUGUCACACCCAGCUCCCCUUCUAGUUUCUCCAGAGGUUCAUCUAAGUGCUGCCCCUGCGGUGCCUUCCUUACCAACCACUGUGCCGGCCUGGCCAAGUGAGCCUACCACUUUUGGACCAACAGGUGUCCCUGCUCAAAUUCCUGUUUUGUCAGUGACACAGACUCUGACCACUGGACCUGAUUCUGCUGUGUCCCAAGCUCAUUUAACACCCUCUCCAGUUCCUGUGUCAAUACAGGCAGUUAACCAGCCCUUGAUGCCUUUGCCUCAGACAUUGAGCCUUUACCAAGACCCACUCUACCCUGGGUUUCCUUAUAAUGAAAAAGGAGAUCGAGCCAUUGCACCACCUUAUUCACUGUGUCACACUGGGGAGGACCUGCCUAAAGAUAAGAACAUUCUUCGAUUCUUCUUUAAUCUUGGUGUAAAGGCAUAUAGUUGUCCUAUGUGGGCCCCGCAUUCUUACCUGUACCCUCUGCACCAGGCCUACCUGGCAGCCUGCAGGAUGUACCCAAAGGUCUCUGUCCCCGUGUAUCCUCCAAAUCCUUGGUUCCAGGAGGCUCCUUCCGCUCAGAACGAAAGUGACUGUACCUGUACCGAUGCACACUUUCCUAUGCAGGCGGAGGCCAGUGUUAAUGGCCAGAUGCCCCAGGCAGAGAUUGGACCGCCAACAUUUUCUUCACCUCUGGUUAUUCCUCCAUCUCAGGUGUCUGAAAGUCAUGGACCGUUGUCUUACCAGGCUGAUCUUGAAUCUGAAAACUCUGGGCAGCUUCUUCAUGCUGAAUAUGAGGAGUCACUGAGUGGCAAGAAUAUGUUCCCGCAACCGUCCUUUGGACCGAAUCCAUUCUUAGGCCCAGUUCCCAUUGCACCUCCUUUCUUUCCUCAUGUUUGGUAUGGGUAUCCUUUCCAGGGAUUUAUAGAAAAUCCAGUCAUGCGGCAGAAUAUUGUUCUGCCCUCUGAUGAGAAAGAAUUGGAUCUGCCCCUGGAAAAUCUGGAUCUGUCUAAAGAAUGCAGUUCAGUUUCCACAGUAGAUGAGUUUCAGGAGGCCAGAGGUGAAGGCGCACAUUCUGUCCCUGAAGCAAGUGCUAGUAAGCAUGAAGGCCGGGCGGAGCAGUCAUCCCAGACACCCAAGGCAGAUCUGGCAUUGGCUUCCAUCCCUCCUGUAGCAGAGGAGAAGGCCCAUCUUCCCACUCAGAUUCUAAACAGAGAGAGAGAAACUGUGCCUGUUGAACUUGAGCCUAAAAGGACCAUUCCAAGUCUGAAAGAAAAACCAGAAAAAGUGAAAGAUCCUAAGACUGCUGCUGAUGUGGUCAGUGGGGCCAACUCUGUGGAUAGCAGAGUGCAAAGACCAAAAGAAGAGAGUUCGGAAGAUGAAAACGAAGUGUCUAAUAUUCUGAGAAGCGGGCGAUCCAAACAGUUUUAUAAUCAGACUUACGGAGGCAGAAAGUACAAAAGUGAUUGGGGCUCUUCUGGUAGAGGAGGAUAUCAGCAUGCGAGAGGUGAGGAGUCCUGGAAAGGGCAGCCGAGCAGAAGCCGAGAUGAAGGUUAUCAGUACCAUCGAAAUGUCCGAGGACGGCCUUAUCGCGGGGAUAGGAGGAGAUCAGGGAUGGGAGAUGGCCAUCGGGGGCAAAACGCUUGACAGUUGAUGCUGUGGUAUUUUAGGGCAGAAACCUCUUCUUAGGUGGAAUGUUUCUGAAGGCUUUAAGAAAAUACAUUAAAAUAAAAACC